AAACCUUCUGAUGGGCCGAGGUAGAACCAGCCCACUGAGCCGAAGUAGGAUUUGUAUAUCUUGCUUAUAAUUUGUAGCGCGGUCCAACGAUCUGUGCUUAACCCCUUUGUUUUCUACCUUGCAGACUUAGGUUGCCCAGGCACUCCUGCGUGUGCUCAACCGAGCUACUGAGCCAAAUUUUUGUACCGAAAUAACUUAUCCGUAAUUUAUACAACAAAUGGGUAAGUAUAGAUAUUUAGUCGAAACCCCUGGUGGCAUGGCCGAAUUUAGGCAGGACUACCAGAUUCCUGAUGAUGUCCAACUGGUGUUGGCCAAGAAAGAUGCUACUCCCUGGGACAAUGAAGGCUUCGUCCCUUUUACCCUUCAAUCCAUAAUAGAAACCGGACUGCGGUUUCCCGUCCAACCACUGAUUUGUGAGUUCCUUAGGCAGACUAGGUUAUGCCCCACCCAGCUGUCCACCAAUACAUACCGUAUUAUCAUGGGCAUAGCCGCCCUAAACCACCAAACCGGUUUAAACCUUGGCCUUGCCGAAAUAUUCCAUCAGUAUUCCAUCGGCUCGAAGAAUGCUGGGGGGGUCUAUUACCUUAGAAUUCGCCGCCGCCGAGAGAAGAUAAUUAAGCACACUCCGGACAAAGAUCUUAACGAUGAUGAUUUCUUUUGGGUCUCUGGGAACUUUGAGGAUUUUCAAGCUCAAAUUCCUGGCCGACCUAUAAAUUGGAAAAUGGGAGAGCCUGAUUUCGCCCAUCUCCACUCCUUGUAUAGCUAUCCUAACCUCGGCGUUUUGCGAGCCGCAUUUCGGGUUAAAGAAAGAGAUUGGGCCAAGCUUCUAAAUUUCGAACCGACCUACCGUUACAGCGGUCGACGGAAAGCAAAGGUAACCGAUUUUCUUCUCGAGGAAGCACCGGAGCCGGACCCCACUUUGCCCGAGAUAAGACUUGUUCCAUUAACCGCUGAGGAAGAAAUGGCUAAGAAGAGCAGAGUCAGGGCCCUUCUAACUUCAACAACUAGAGCCGAAGUAACACCAACUACUGAGGUGCAGCCUGCCGUCGUGGCCCUUCCUUCACAACGGCCUUCUUCAUCUCGCCCUUCAAAACGCGCCCGAUCUACGUCAGCCGAACAACAACUUGUUGAUGAAAUCGAAUCCGUCCCCCAAAGUCCUCAUCCUGCGUCCCAACCAGAGCAAACUGACCGAGCUCGUUCUCCGAAGUGGGCUCCGCCUUUGAUCUUCAAUGACCGAAACAUCAAGGCCACUGAUUCGGUCGUGGCUGAAAAAGACCACCAACUGGCCUUUAACCUGGCCAAAAGUGUGUGCCUCCCCAAGGACAUGGAGCACUACUUGAAGCAACUGAACACCGAAAUGAAAUCAAUUCGGUCUGCUUCCAAGUCCAUGAUCUUGUUAAGUACCUCUGUAAAAGAGGCUGACAAGCAGGGCUUCAAGAGGGCAGAGGACGCUUACGCCCAACAAUGUAAUGCUGCCAAGGAUCUUUUCUUUAAGUGCGGCUGGAGGGGAGCCGUUGAGAAGCUCGGUCAUGAUCCUCAGACCGAGGUUUUCAACCCUCCAGCCUACUUUAUACCUAGCUCUUUGAUGGAAUAUGCCACGGCCAUGCAACAGCAGUUCCUUGAGGGCUCAGACGAUGAAGAUUCUGAUGAAGACUCUGCCCCUGGGGAUACUUCGGUUGUGAAUGUGGAUCAGAUAGAUCGGCCGGAGUCCAGAGUGGAAGAUCUGACUAUUGAACGGCCAAAUGAAACUGUGGCUCCGGUCGAGACCACUAUUGUGACUGAAGGAGUCCUGCCGCCAGAGACCGGUCUUCCAGCUGACACUGACGCUGCCUUUGAUGCCGAGAU